UAGAUCGAAUCAAUAGCCAACUCCUCUCGUCGUCCUCGUCUCCAAAUCGAGGCAUACCCCAAACCCUAGCCAUCCCCAAUCCGGCCGCCGCGUCUACCGAUCCGUUAGAUCCAUGGCCGCCGCCGCCGCCGCCGCUGCCGGCGACUCCGCUGUACCCAACUGGGUGAUGCUGGAGCGCUUGGCCUUCCGGAGGGACGACCCCGCCUCCUUCCGCGAGGACAGGAGGACCUUCGCUUCCGGCACCACCUCCGCCGGCACUCAAUUCGACGUCUCCUUCAUCCUCGCCGAGCCUCCCACCCCCUCGCGCCUCUACCUCUCGUGGCCGGAAGGGCCCAAGCAGGAUAGCCAGGGCCUGGUCAUGGCGGCCAACCGCAACCUCGUCCUCUUCAGGCUCGACUCCCUCGUCGACAAAUCCCAGCCUUUCGGGGAGGUAGUGCAUGAUUACUUCAUCUACAUAGCUAAUCCCUCCUCACAGCAGACACCCCUGCUCAGACGGCUGCCCCCCUGCACCGAGUACAACGUUUAUAUUGAGAUGCAAGUUACUCGCGUGUUUCCGGUGCUGGCUGUUGGUCUGUUGUGCCAUGGCGAAGACGAGUUUGCCGUGGCGCAUCUGGCCAUCAGGCCUCGCAAAAAAAAAUCAGGGUCUCGCAUAAAAAAAUCAGCUAUGCAAGCUGAGCUAUGCGUGCUACGCUCGUCAUUGUCCAGCAGUGAUGAUGCCAAAUGGGAGACCAAGGUCUUUCCGCUACAGUACCAAUACGAUGAUUUACACUAUGAUUUUCUGAACUGGGAAGUGGAUGGUGUAGUUCCCUUCAAGAAUGCCUUGUGCUGGGUUAACUACUGUAGAGGCAUCCUUUUCUUCGACGGCGUCUUUGAAGACAGACCCAAGGUCUCCUACAUCCGCUUGCCUCUGGAUACUUCUUUCCGAGGGACUGGGACUGAUGCCGAUUCACUCAAGGGGAUGUACCGUGGCUUGUGUGUCACUGAAGGUGGCCAUCGGUUGGUAUUUGUUGAUGUUGCCCGUCAUGAUGGAAAAUGUUAUGGCCCGAGGAUGCCCAACACUGGUUUCACCCUCACCUCCCGGACAUUGAAGAUGACAGGGAAUUGCACCACGCCGUGGGAGUGGAAUCAGGAUGCUGUUGUCACUUCAGAUGAACUAUGGCAUGCAAACACCAUGGAGAGUCUCCCUCGUGACAUUGUGAUGCUCCCAUUGCUGAGUAUGGAUAAGGCCAAUGUUGCGCACCUUUCAAUGCUUGACUGGGAUGGUGGCAGAUUCUCAUUAGUUUCCAUCGACUUGAGUAACAUGCAAGUGAUGGGCCCAGUCAUUACAUACCUCGAAGGGGAGGAUGAUACUGCUGAUGCUGACAUCGUCAAGACAAAGCAAGUAUUAUGUGCACACUUUAUUCCAUCCGAAUUCCCCAAGUUCCUGGAUCUCAGGGAGAGAGAGAACCAUCCAUAAGUCCUGUCACCAUAUCGGCUGGCCACCGUCGUCAUGUGUGUUGCUUCUUCAUUUUCCGGUUCUUAGAUGACGUUGUGCUGGAUUCUACUGCCGACUUUGUUGAUUGGCUACUUCAAUUCUGAGUUUAGUGCUCAGCUUUUGUGUGUUUCCUGCACUUGUGUACUAUAAAUAGCCAGGAAAAACACCUUUACCAGGCUCAUCCGUUGAACUAUAUGAUAAUGCUAGAUGAUGUGUCCAUGCCUUGCUAA